CCACCCAGGGCUAUGAGCACCUGAGAUGGAGAUGUCCGGCCCAGCCAUUGGAACAGAGAAGAAAGAAAGCAAGAGUGGGCUCCUGGAGGGCAGCAGUUUCCCUGACCCGGGUAAAAAGACCUGUCCUCUUGUGGCGGCCGCGGCGGCAUCGGUAGCGGCUCAAGGAGUUCCGCAGCAACUCUUGCCACCGUUCCACGCACCCUUACCGAUUGACAUGCGACACCAGGAGGGAAGGUACCACUACGAGCCUCACUCCGUCCACGGCGUGCAUGGGCCUCCCACCCUGAGCGGCAGCCCCGUCAUCUCGGACAUCUCUUUGAUCCGGCUAUCCCCACACCCUGCUGGCCCUGGGGAGUCUCCCUUCAAUGCUCCUCACCCCUACAUGAACCCCCACAUGGAGCAUUACCUCCGGUCUGUACACAGCAGCCCCACGCUCUCCAUGAUCUCCGCAGCCAGGGGCCUCAGCCCCGCCGACGUGGCCCAUGAGCACCUGAAGGAGAGGGGGCUAUUUGGCCUCACUGCCCCGGGCACCAACCCCUCAGACUAUUACCACCAAAUGGCCCUCAUGGCAGGUCACCCUGCACCUUAUGGAGACCUGCUGAUGCAGAGUGGGGGCACCGCCAGUGCACCCCAUCUCCACGACUACCUCAAUCCUGUGGAUGUAUCGCGGUUCUCCAGCCCACGCGUGACCCCCCGCCUGAGCCGCAAGCGGGCUCUGUCCAUCUCCCCGCUGUCAGAUGCCAGCCUUGACCUUCAACGCAUGAUCCGGACCUCACCCAACUCGCUAGUGGCCUACAUCAACAACUCCCGCAGCAGCUCGGCGGCCAGUGGCUCUUAUGGACACCUGUCAGCUGGUGCCCUCAGCCCGGCCUUCACCUUCCCACAUCCCAUCAACCCCAUGGCCUAUCAGCAGAUCCUGAGCCAGCAGCGGAGCCUGGGCUCAGCCUUCGGACACACACCUCCGCUGAUCCAACCCUCACCCACCUUCCUGGCCCAGCAACCCAUGGCCCUCACCUCGAUCAGCACAAUGCCUACCCAGCUCAGCAGCAGCAGCAACUGUCUAAGUGAUGCCAACCAGAACAAGCAGAGCAGUGAGUCCACCGUGAGCAGCACCGUGAACCCCAUCACCAUUCACAAGCGCAGCAAGGUCAAAACCGAGGCUGACGGCCUGCGGCCAGCCUCACCCCUGGGAUUGACGCAGGAGCAGCUGGCUGACUUCAAGGAAGACCUGGACAGAGAUGACUGCAAGCAGGAGGCCGAGGUGGUCAUCUAUGAGACCAACUGCCACUGGGCAGACUGCACCAAGGAGUACGACACGCAGGAACAGCUGGUGCACCACAUCAACAACGAGCACAUCCACGGGGAGAAGAAGGAGUUUGUGUGCCGCUGGCAGGCCUGCACACGUGAGCAGAAGCCCUUCAAGGCCCAGUACAUGCUGGUGGUCCACAUGCGGAGGCACACGGGCGAGAAGCCUCACAAGUGCACGUUUGAGGGCUGCUCGAAGGCCUACUCCCGCCUGGAGAACCUGAAGACACAUCUGCGCUCCCACACCGGGGAGAAACCCUACGUGUGUGAGCACGAGAGCUGCAACAAGGCCUUCUCCAACGCCUCGGACCGCGCCAAACACCAGAACCGCACGCACUCCAACGAGAAACCCUACAUCUGCAAGCUCCCAGGAUGCACCAAGAGGUACACGGACCCCAGCUCUCUCCGGAAGCACGUGAAAACCGUCCACGGGCCAGACGCCCAUGUCACCAAGAAGCAACGCAACGAUGUACACCUCCGUGCCCCAGUACUCAAGGACAGUGGCGACAGUGAAGCCAACACUGAGCCUGGUGGCCGAGGAUCCGAGGACAGUACUGAGGCCAGCAGCACCAGCCAGGCUGUGGAGGAUUGCCUGCAUGUCAAAGCCAUCAAGACAGAGCGCUCUGGGCUGUCUCAGUCUAGCCCCGGGGCCCAGUCAUCUUGCAGCAGUGAGCCCUCUCCCCUGGGCAGUGCCCCCAACAACGACAGUGGCGUGGAGAUGCCGGGGACGGGCCCCGGGAGCCUGGGAGACCUGACGGCUCUGGAUGACGCUCCCCCGGGGGCCGACACCUCAGCCUUGGCCGCCCCCUCCGCUGGUGGUGGCCUGCAGCUGCGCAAACAUAUGGCCACUGUGCAUCGAUUCGAGCAGCUCAAAAGGGAGAAACUCAAGUCACUCAAGGGUUCCUGCUCAUGGGCUGGCCCAGCUCCACACACCCGCAACACCAAGCUGCCUCCCCUCCCAGCGAGCGGCUCUAUCCUGGAAAACUUCAGCGGCCCUGGUGGCAGCAGCGGACCCGUAGGGCCGCUGCCCAACCCGCGGCUACCUGAGUUAUCCGAGGUGACCACGCUAAGCCAGCUGCAGGAGCGCAGGGACAGCUCUGCCAGCACGGUGAGCUCCGCCUACACCGUGAGCCGCCGCUCCUCCGGCAUCUCCCCCUACUUCUCCAGCCGUCGCUCCAGCGAGGCCUCGCCCCUGGGCGCCAGCCGCCCGCACAAUGCCAGCUCCGCGGACUCCUACGAUCCCAUCUCCACGGAUGCGUCGCGGCGCUCCAGUGAGGCCAGCCAGUGCAGCGCGGGCGGCUCCGGGCUGCUCAACCUCACGCCCGCGCAGCAGUACAGCCUGCGUGCCAAGUACGCCGCCGCCACCGGAGGGCCACCUCCCACGCCACUGCCUGGGCUGGAGCGGGUGAGCCUGCGGACCCGCCUGGCGCUGCUGGACGCACCCGAGCGCGCCCUGCCUGGGAUCUGCCCGCACCCACUUGGGCCGAGGCGCAGCAGUGACGGGCCAGCCUACGGCCAUGGUCACGGCCAUGGCUAUGCAGGGGCAGCUCCGGCCUUCCCCCACGAGGGACCGGGCGGAGGUGCCCGGCGGGCCAGUGACCCAGUGAGACGGCCAGAAACACUGACUCUGCCUCGAGUCCAGCGAUUCCACAGUGCCCACAACGUGAACCCAAGCCAGCUGCCACCUUGCCCUGAAAGGCGAGGUAUGCGCCUCCAGAGCCACCAGGGCACCGAUGGCAGCCUGAUCCACAGCACGUACUCACCCCGACCCCCCAGUAUCAGCGAGAAUGUGGUGAUGGAGGCCAUGUCUGCCGGGGUGGAUGGCACAGGGCUCAGCUCUGACCUGGGGCUGGCAGAAGAUGAUCUGGUACUGCCAGAUGAUGUGGUGCAGUACAUCAAAGCCCACACGAGGGGGGCCCUGGAUGACAGCACAAGGCAAGGCUAUCCCACAGAAACUUCCAGCUUCCCGGAGGACCCUAAGCUGCCCAGCCCUGGGCUACAUGGCCAACGUAGGCUAGUGGCUGCAGAUUCCAACGUGGGUGCUUCUGCCUCUGGCCUAGGAGGCUGCCAGCUGGACUAUGGUGCCCCCUCCAACCUCAAUAAAAGUAACAUGCCCGUGCAAUGGAAUGAGGUGAGCUCCGGCACCAUGGAUGCCCUGCCUAGCCAGGGGAAGCCACCGCCCUUUGCUCAGGGUAACCUGGCUGUGGCGCAGCAGAAGGCAGCCUUUGGCCAGUAUCCGGGCUACAGCGCACAAGGCCCGCAGGCCAGCUCCGGGAGCCUGGACAGCGCCCCGCCACACCUUCAGCCCCGCAUCGGAGCCUCUUCCACAGCCAGAGUGAAUUAUAUGCAGCAGUUUCAACAGCAGGCCCCAGGUGGCCCGUGCCUCAACAUGACCUCUGCCAUGAGUCCCCAAGCCAGCUACUCCCCGCUGAGCCCCAGUGGGGCCAUGAGCCAGUUCCCCCCAUCCUGCAACAACAUGGCAGCCAAGCCAAGCCACCUGGGGCUCCCUCAACAAAUGGAAGUAGUCCCCAACACCACCAUGAUGAGCAGUCACCACCAGGAACUUGGGGUGCCCAACUCAUCCCUGGCUGGGAUGCCACCACCUCACGCAGGCCAGAGCUAUCCGCACCAAGAAGGCUACCAGGGCCUUCCGCCAUCACAGCAGCCUAGCUUCAUGGAGCUGCCGCAGAGCACGGGCUUUGGCCUGUUGCAGCCCCAGCCACCCCUAGAACCCAGCCCUGCUGGCCGCCACCGAGGGGUGCGCGCUGGACAGCAGCAGUUGGCCUAUGCCAGAGCCGCUAGCCAAUCCAUAGCUACUAUGUCACCCAGCCAGGAGACAGCGGAAGCUGUACCCAAGGGAGCAAUGGGUACCAUGGUGUCAUUGACUUCCCAGCCACCUCCCCAGGACAGAGGCCGGGCACAGGACCAGAGCACACUUUACUACUAUGGCCAGAUCCACAUGUAUGAGCAGAAUGGGGGCUGCCCGGCCACACAGUCCCAGCCACCACAGCCACAGGCUUGCCAAGAUAGUAUCCAACCCCAGCCCUUGCCCUCGCCAGGGGUCAACCAGGUGUCCAGCACCGUGGACUCUCAGCUCCUGGAGACCCCCCAAAUUGACUUCGAUGCCAUCAUGGAUGACGGUGAGCACUCCAGCUUGUUCUCGGGUGCCCUGAGCCCCAGCCUCCUCCACAACCUCUCCCAGAACUCCUCGCGCCUCACCACCCCCCGGACCUCCCUCACACUGCCUUCCAUCCCUGCAGGCAUCAGCAACAUGGCUGUUGGGGACAUGAGCUCCAUGCUCACCAGCCUGGCCGAGGAGAACAAGUUUUUGAACAUGAUGACCUAGAGCCCUGCCCCAGCCUAGGCGUGGAGCUGACUACAGCAGACUUCUUGUCCUCGGAGCCUGGGGGUCUCAUUUGUUCUUUUUUUUGAAAUACAGAAGUAUUAACCAGGCCUGGGGGAAUGUGGGCAAUGAUUGGCUCUGACUGCAGAUGUUUUAAGAAAAGUUUCACAGGCGUCCUCACAGCUCUUAUGGACUAUUUUUUUCCCAAACGCUCACAAAAAAAUCUCCAUCGGAAAGGAAAAGAAAGGAUGAGAAAGUCAUUCACACAGUGUUUGCCAACCUUCGGUGUUUAUGGGACUAUUCUGUGCUGGCUUCUUUGCAAGCCUCUUUUAUUUGGCUAAUGAGGGACUCCAUUGGCCAAGGACUUUCUGAGGACAUACAGAAAGAGGGCACGGGAGCCACAUGUGGAUCCUGAGGUCCGAGAUCAUGCUGGAUGCUCUGCGCCAAGCGCUUGUUCUGCCACCCACAAGGAAAUGGAAUUGUUGCUCCCCAUCCCCCCCCCCACCAAAUUCCCAGGGUUGUUUAUCACAGAGGAAAAAGGUGCAAUUCCUGGGGAUGUUAGGCAAGCACCUCCUGAUUCCAGCUUGGGAGAGCUAGUGUGUCUGGGCCCUGAAGCAGAGUGGGACCAGCAGAUGGCCCAGGUAAAGAAAGAAUAAGACACAUGUCUUCAGAAGAAGGAACUAGAAAGUGUACUAUCUGGGGCCAGCCAGAAACUGCCCCAGCCUCGCCUAACCAUGUUUACAGUGUUCCUGCAUGUAGAAUGUAGCCCUUCCUGAAAAGAACGCUUGUUUCUGAAUACCUCCGGCUGCUGCAGUUAGCUGUGGGUUAGCAAUAGACUGAGGCCUCGAGGAGGUGAGGGGUAUCAAGCCUCCCCCUGCCCUCCCCCCCCCCCCACAUACCUUCUCUUGCCAUGGAGGCCUUCUGGUACAAAGGGGAAGUCACAUGUUUACCCAGCCAUGUUUCUCCAAUGCACUAAUGUAGCUACCCAUCUCCUCGUGGAAAACUCCAGGGCUCCAUGGCAGCCCUACACAGGCUAUUCCAGGCCAUGCUGCAUGGUCAGUGGUCCACACCAGCGUACAGUCUGAGUACCUUCUGAUCCCCCAGGACUUUUUGGUAUGGAGAGAUGACAUGCAUGGUAUUUGAAGUGGGAGGGUAAAGAGGUUGAUUCUUGGACUCUGAGGAACUGUUACUGAAUUCUCUAAUUCAGUGUGGCCAAGCCCUGAACCACAAGUGAGAUUUAGAACUGACUCCAGGAGGAAUCACUGGAGAACAUAAUUGUAGGGUGCGCCGGUGCAUCUUCCCCACCACACACAUGCGCACACCCCACCGAGGCCUUCUUGUGUCGUUGAAUUCCUAACAGCCUUGCCAAACCAAACUGCACCAAUCAGACCUGCAUUCUGGCUGUGACCUUGGCUUCGGGGAGGAACUUCUUGGUGGAGUCUGGGCCUUCUGGCUCCCAGCACAUCAAACUCCUUGUUUACAAUCCACAGACAAGGCCAACUCCAAAUGACAGCUCUGGGACAUGGCCACAGGGCUGUGGCUCUGGUGCUGUGUGGUCACUUUCAGAGAGAGAUCUGUACCUAGCAUUACUCACCUGUAUAUAUUUGUGCAAAUGACAUCAUUCCUGAAUAUACUGUAAGGUGAAUCAUCUGGCCAAAUUUAUAUUGCCAAGCAUUUUUAGCUUUUUCUACAUGCUAUGAAUUGAGGUGACAUGUUCAACUUGUAAAUAAGUCUU